GUGAGACGUGGGCGAAAGUACAAGAGUGCAGAACUUGAAGCGCCAGAGCUAACUAACAAGAUGGCACGGAUGAGCAAUGCCCCCAAGCCAGCGAGUGCCUUGGUGAUACAGGCCAGCAGAACACAGAUUGCUGAGGAUGAGAUUGAGCCAGAACUGUGGAGAGCUCCAGUGGCGUGGAUGUAUUAA